CUAAAAAAAAUUAGGCAAACGUGAGUAGGGUCAAAUUUGUGUAGCAUUCCGAGCUACAGAAAAUCAGAAACCCCACUUGCAUUCUCCAGCAAAAAGAGGGGUUGGUGUUGAGUUCAACAACGGAAGAGAUGGUCUCCAAUAAGCAACACCACCACCACCAUAUUCAUCUUCUCCACUAACCCAUCUCACAAAACCCUAAUUUCAUCCCUAUUCAAUCCACCAAUUGUCUAUUUCCCCAAAGAAAUACCCACAUGGAUGUGGUCGCUAUUGACCCCUCAAUUUCAUCGUACCAAACAACCCCUAAACUUAAACUCCCCCUUUUCAGAUUACCAUCAAGAACACCCCCACGACUCUUACAUUGUACCCCUCUUCGAUUCAGCCACAAGAUUGUUCUAACAAACUUUCACGAUUCAAGAUUCAACAGUGUUGUUCAAAAAGACAGAGGCUUGAGAUCUGUUUGGGUCAAAAGCAGCAGCAGUCUUGAAAACCCCUCAACUUUGGAUUCUAAUUUUGUUGAAAUCUUGGUUAAAAAAGGUUUGAUUUUGGGGGCUGUUUGUUGUGUGUUGGGAUGCAGGGGGGUUUUGGCUGCAGAAGGGGUUUUAAAUGGUGGGAAUUUUGUGGGUUUGGAGCAGCAGGUUAAAGGGUCUAUGGUCAAUUAUAUGCCAAAAGUUUUGAUGGUUCUUAAGGUUUUGAAGGAACAGGGGUUGAUUUUGGCUGCACUUUUUGGUUUGUCUGCUUUUUUUUCUAUGGCUGAGACUUCAAUUACAACUCUUUGGCCUUGGAAGGUUAGAGAGCUGGCUGAGAAAGAGUCUGAGAAUGGUGUGUUCAAAAUGCUGCGGAAUGAUGUUACGCGGUUCUUGACUACGAUACUUAUUGGCACAACUGUUGUAAAUAUUGGAGCAACAGCACUAGUGACUGAAGCAGCAACUGCGAUAUUUGGUGAAGCAGGUGUGAGUGCUGCCACAGGAGUAAUGACGGUUGCAGUCUUGUUACUCACUGAAAUAACUCCAAAAAGUAUAGCCGUUCAUAAUGCCACCGAGGUUGCAAGAGUUGUGGUCAGGCCGAUUGCAUGGCUUUCUUUAGUCUUAUAUCCUGUUGGAAGAGUUGUAACUUAUCUCUCUAUGGGAAUGCUCAAGUUGCUCGGUCUCAAAGGAAGAAGUGAACCGUAUGUCACUGAAGACGAACUGAAGUUGAUGUUACGAGGAGCUGAAUUAAGUGGGGCCAUAGAAGAGGAAGAACAGGAUAUGAUUGAAAAUGUUUUAGAAAUUAAAGACACAUAUGUUCGUGAAGUUAUGACACCUUUGGUUGAUGUUGUAGCUAGUGAUUCUAGUGCAACGUUAAUCGAUUUCCACACCUUGUGGGUAACUCAUCAGUAUUCAAGGGUACCUGUUUUUGAACAACGUGUAGAUAAUAUUGUCGGCAUUGCAUAUGCAAUGGAUCUAUUAGACUAUGUUCAAAAGGGGGACCUUCUAGAAAGUACGACGGUGGGGGAUAUGGCUCAUAAACCUGCUUAUUUUGUGCCUGAUUCAAUGUCGGUUUGGAAUCUUCUUAGAGAAUUUCGCAUUAGGAAGGUACACAUGGCUGUUGUCUUGAACGAAUACGGUGGGACUGUUGGAAUUGUAACACUGGAAGAUGUAGUUGAAGAAAUCGUUGGUGAAAUUUUUGACGAAAAUGAUUCAAAAGAGGAAAUAGAUAAAAAGACUGGUUAUAUAGUAAUGAGGGCGGAAGGAAUUUAUGAUGUGGAUGCAAAUACUUCAAUCGACCAGCUUUCCGAAGACCUCAACAUAAAGAUGCCAGAGGGUCAUCAAUACGAAACGGUGUCGGGGUUUGUGUGUGAAGCGUUUGGAUACAUCCCAAAAACAGGUGAAAGCAUAAAAGUGGUACUUGAGAAGGAAGAAGUUGAUGACGAGUAUAUCGAGGAUGAUGGCGAUCGCCAACAUCAAAAAGAAAAAGAAAAGAGCCAAGUAUUUCAAAUAGAGAUUUUAGCAGGCAAUGCUAGAAAAGUUGGUGCGGUGAGGUUUGAACGGGUAACCAAUGAGGAGGAAACGGAGGAGAAGAAGGUGGUGGUUCCGGUCAUCACGAAAAGGAAAUGGGGCGGUGAUGACGAUGAUGAAACGAAUAUAAUUGAUGAGGGUGAAGAUGAUGUAAUUCCACAACAUGAAAUAAAAGAGGGAGAAUGAAAAAGUGAACUACUUUUGUUUUGAAUUUUGAAAUGAAAUAUUGAGUAGAUGUAGGGAGGGAGAUCAUGGGAAUUUAUGAACACAAGGUUUCUGAAAGAAAAAAGAGAUACAAAGUUUGAGGUGAAACCAUAGCAUUUUCUCAAUGUUGACGGAAAUUUAAUAGAUUUGUUCCUUCUGUUUGACUUGAAUUGGUGAAUAAAAACAUUAUAAAUUGAUUAACUUGGUUAAGAUUGUGGAUUUUA